AUGUACAACGGUUGGGUUUCCGACAGUCAAGAAAUUAUCAACGACACCAGCUAUCUCAGUGUUUUACAUACUUUUCCCCUCAAAGUCAGUAAAGACGUUACAAACGUUCUAGUAACCCAGUUCAAUAAAGAUCUUUGUGGAAAUGUAGAAUGCAAGAUUUUAACUACCAGUCGCCAAGUUGACUGGGCAAUGGAAGUUAUUUGCUAUGGACUAGCCUUGCCGGUAACUGAGAAAGAUUCGUUACUAUCAUGUGUUAGUAUCUACUCUGUUUGGCUUAGUGCUUUAGUGAAGCCAAAAUUAUCCAUUCCUAAACCCGUUCUUAGAGAACCUGAGGUUUAUGCAAGGAAAAUAUUUCAACAUUUAAGAAAUUUAUUUGCACCACGCCCUGAUGAUGCCAACGAUCCAAUUUUGGUCCAUUUUCAGGCUGGCCUUUGCGAAAAGAUCCUCAAUGAUAUGUUGAUCAUUUUGUGUGAGGCAAAAAAAUUAACAAGGCAAACAUGGAACGACAGCCUUAAAUAUUUACUAUGGAUUACAGAUUGUUUAUUAGCUCCACCAUUGCGAAUAGGAAGUUUAGGUGAAAUGCUAUCCCGUAAUUUACUUUCUACAUUGUUUCGAGUUUGGCUCCUAGCAUGUUCUGACUCAUUUCCCGAGCCUCCAUUAUGGAAGGCUUUAAAUGAUAUGUGUAAACGAUGGAGGCAUCAUGACGUUCUCAUUAAACAAUGGAAUGAAUUAAGUUUAACCCUUACUCUACAUUUAGAUGUAUUAUUACACGGUAAAUUUUCACAUAAGCGUAGCUCCAAUUUCGAAUCGGAUUAUUAUACCAUAAUAAGAAGAUUAUCCAAAAAUGAAUCUAUUCAAAGUUGGUUUCGAUUCUUACAUAUUAUUGGCAAUCCUGUUGAAUUAAGUAGCUACGAAAUAAUUGCUCGAACUCCUAAAUUAAUGGAAGAGGUGUACAAAAGUGAAUUACCGUUAGACUUUAGUCAAGUUGGGGGCCUUAAUAAGCUACCGUUAAUAUUUUUAAUAGUAAUGCAGGGAUUGUCUAAUAUUGUAAAUAUUUUUCUGCGUUGUGAGAGUCGCAGUAUCUGUCAAUUACAUAAUUUUAUUGUAAUGACGACCCCAGGAUUUCCUACUCGUAUUAAUGCAUUACCAUCCAAUAAAGAUAUCAUAAGAAUAUCUGACCCUACUGAAGGAAAUGAGUUGCCAAAUCCUGGAAAUCUUACAAGUCAUUCUGACUCGUUAGUUGCAAGUUUCAAUACAAAUACAAUUGUACACCUUCUUGGGCAAUGGCUAUUUGAGGCCUCUCAAAUUAAGAUUCUUGCAGAAGCUAAAGAAUUCGAAGCAGGAAAAGCUGAAGCUUGUGGUGCAUUGUGUCGCUUAUUCUCGACGGAAAGAUGCGAUAAAACAUAUCGUAUAGAUUACCUUAGUCGAUUUUAUAACACCGUUAAACUUGGACUCCAAAUUAACGAGGUUACUAAAGGGCAAACUAUGGCUAAUAUUAUUCUCAAUUCGGCUAAUCUAUUUCGAUGCGAUUUAAAAGGGGUACUUAUUCUAUUACCUCAUUACAUUCAAGCACUUGAAAAAAUUCUACCAUACAAAGAACCUAAAAUAGAGGCCAAUGUUCCAAAAGGGGAAUUAAGGCGAUCAGCUAUACACAUUCUUCUGUCUAUAACAUCAUUUCCAUUUCAUUUUUAUGAUCUUCCAAUUUAUGACUCAUCUCAAGGUGACACGAAUAAACAAAUGGAAGUUACAGUGUCUUCAUUUCGUUUAAGAAUUGUUAACCUAAUGUUACAAGCUCUACAAACUGAGACUGACUCGAUUAAUACACAAAUGCUUCUUGGUGGAUUCUUGUUGUUAACCGAAGAUACUGUUAGCCAUUGCGAUCGAUGGAACAAUACCAAAUUUGACUUAAAUCAAUUUGCGAAAACUCAAGUUUCAGAUGAUGUUAAUUCGACAGGGAGUUUAAAUUUCGGGGGAACCGAUAGCGUAGAUUCCGAUACUGCUUCAUUAAGCACAACAUCAUCUAAUGCACCAUUAACAUCAAGACGUUCGGCAUCGAUCUUAGCUGAAUCCUCCCUGAAGCCACGGUCUAAUACGAGAGUUGAAAGCAUUUCUUCUAUACCUGAACCUGUAGAGCUUGUUUUUCCGAAAAGGAUCAUUCCACCUGAAUACGAUCAUCCCAUAAGCCUUUACUAUUUGUGCGUCUUGCUUAUUGGGGAAAGAUUGGGACCGCUAUGGAAAGGGGAUUUUAGCGUAACGUUAAUGGCUUUGGAUGUUCUAUCAAACUUUGCCCAUGUCCCUAUUACUGCAGACGCGCUAUCAAGCAAAACGGUUAUUGAUCGCCUAUGCCAAUAUAUUGAAAGUCAAAUUAGACGCCCACCUCGAUACCAAUCGCGUGAUUUACAUUCCAUGAUUGUAGCAUCAUUUUCAUGCCUCUUAAGUUGGAUAUCAUGUCACAACCAACUGAUGGAAGACAAGGAAUGCUUAAAAACUGUUCUAGCUGUUGUUGAACAAGGUAUUGCUGGAAUAGUUGCCGAGGAGGAACUAAGUCAUGCUGGACAAGAUAUUCUAAAAGGGAACAAGAUGAGAAAGCCGGCCUCAGGACGAGUGAGAGAAGCAGCAGAGAGCGUUUUUUUCUACUUACUUAAUCAUCUGAAUGCCUUUCCAUCUCCUUGUGGCCCAUCUACUACUUCUUCGCUACUGAGUGAAGAAAAUAUAUUAGAUUUCGUAAACAACCUGCAACAGACUAAAGGAACUAAAUCUGCAUCGGAAAUUAAUGUUAAUAAAGAUGAUAUUAAAUAUUACGCUUUACAUAAGAAUACAAUCAUAGGAUUACUAGAAGUAAAUUUUGAAGACGAUGGAGUUCCUCCAACAGUUAUUAUCAUUGUACGAAAUGCAACGGGAAAGUAUGCAUGGACAACGCAGCUAAGACAUCUCGCAUUUGAAGAUUCGAGAUUAGCAGCUAGCAAUUUGCGUUAUAUUAGUAGACCUUCUCCAAUGGAUAGUUUAGGUUCUCCUGACACCAUUCAACACAGUUAUUUUCCAAGUGAUAUCGAACGGGCACCCAAAACGGAUUGUUCGAAUAGUAUUCCUCCUUUAGAGACUGUAGCGGAUGCUAAGACUGCUCCAAAUCAAGCCCGGUUCAAAAAAUUGCUAUUUGAUCAAGCAGAAAUCGAGGAAGACUAUAUUGAUAAGAUUCUGCAAACUGACAAUGACAUCCCGUAUCCAAAAGACAAUAUCGAAGCUAAACAGCCAAAACCUCAAAAAUAUUUUAAAGCAGGAAGAAUGCUACUAACUCAGUUAGGGUUUCUAAAUCUUGAUAUUCUACAAGCUAAUCCCGAUAAAUUCUUGGAAUCUGAUGAGUCCUUGAAAUCUCUUGUACAGCUGAAUGCCUCGGAUGAUUAUAAUCGUGAACUGCAAAUUUUAGAUAGUCUUCCGUGCCGUAUUCACGAAGUGGUAUAUACGCUCUAUGUCAAAAGUGGCCAAAAAAAUUUGGGUGACAUCGUUCGUAAUAUGGAUAAUAUGAAUGAUCUCAACAAAGAUUUCAUCAAAUUUGUUCAUUCUCUGGGGUGGUCGAUGGAUCAAAAUACUUAUCCGAAUUGGCGUAUUGAUGUUUAUUCUAAAAAGCCAUUUAGUCGGCAAUGCAGUUUAUCCGAUGAACGAUCACUUUACAAGGAAGAGAUAGAAACAUCUGAUAUGACAGAUAACGCCAAAGAGACGUCCGAUUUUAAGAAACUUAGUAGGAACUCGAUGUUUUACUAUGGGGACGCGAUAUCUGAAAUUGCCAUUGUCCUUGUGGGGGCUAAUAUUUAUCCGAAAUUUAGAGCUGUAGAUAUGAGCUCAGUAGAACUAGGCCAUGCUUCUAAAAAACUCAUAGAGAUGGCACCUUUAGCUGAAAUCGAAAGCUUGACUCCGUUAAAGAAACGAAGGCCAGUUCUAUCUAGAGAUACAUCUAGGGGAAAAUUAAAUCGGCCAAAUGCCACUAGUCAAGUAACCGAUCAUGAAACUAUCAUAGUUUGGCUUGAAAAAUUUGAAGAUUAUCUAACCUAUCCUAUAGAAGAAACCUUGCGCGAACUAGGUAUCGCUAGCCAUCAAGCUGAUGGAACCCGGCGUGGAAGCUCUAGUAACAUGAAUAACAAAGGAGUUGAGUGGGAAACUACCAUUAUUUUCGUUUAUCCUUUGCAAAAUGGCCUUUAUCGAAUUCAUCUGACAUUGACCUCAGUAUCGAAGGGUGGCAUAGCGGGUCCAUUAAUUCAUGGCAUGGCUGUUAGCAAAAAUGUUUUAGGAAAACUUACUAGGCAGACUAUACAUAAUAUUGCCAACAGACAACGCCUUGAAGUAGAAUCAGCAAGCUCACCUUUUUUGAUCCGAAGAAAUAAGAUACAAGAAAUUGUAAAAAAGCAUCAGACUAAAGACAGGUUUCCUUAUUAUUACGCUGACUUACAGCAACUACUACACGUGCUGUUGAUACCUCAGCAACAAGGAAGGAUGUCGAAACUACAAGAAAAAUCUCUGGCAAUUCCUCACAAAGGAAAAGUUCUUGAUGCAAUCAUUACCAUACCACCGAAAGGAUUUAAAUCUGGUCAUGGUGUUAUUUUAACCCAUGGAGCUGGAGGUGACAUGAACUACGAACAUCUUAAGGUUUUAGCUAAACAUUUGGCAGAGAACGGCAUUGCAUGUCUCCGUUUUACAUGCAAACCAACGGUCAUGCGAACGCGUGUUAACGCAAUGACUUCAGUUCUGGACUUUUGGAAGCAGUCAACUGAAUAUCCACUGAAAAAGUGCUUUCUUGCAGGUCGAUCAAUGGGAUCACGAGUUGCAGCAACGCUUGCUGAAGAAUUAACUCGCGCAAAAGAUCAAUUUAUUGUCGGUGUCAUUUGCUUAUCAUAUCCACUGCAUCCACCUAACAAGACUACCGAAAUUAGACAUUUGCAACCUGGUGUACCUGUUUUGUUUGUUAAUGGUAAGCGCGAUGCAUUAUGCGACGCAAAACUGAUGGAAAAGGAAGUUCAAAAUUUGCAAUGUCAGUAUCAGUUACAUUGGAUCGAUGGUGCCGAUCAUAGCGUACGAGUAAAAGGGAGGAAACCAAGUGAUAUCUUGCAAGAGCUAUGCACUACUGUCGUGGAUUGGUGCCACGAGAUUUUAAGUGAAGGCGAUGCUAAACCUACUAUCCGCAAGAAAGCAAAAACUGUCAAAGAUUACUUUAAAAAGUAA